AAGGGAUUCUGCAUUUUGGCAGCUCUAUGAUUCAUUCAACAACUAGUCACUUUCACAUGUUACACCUUUAGCUACAGGCUAACCAACAACUUAUCUUACAUUUUUCUGAGUUUUAUAUAAUCAUAAAUCUUAGAACAAAUGACAUAAUUAAUUAGUGUUUGAAUUAGCUUGGGGAAGAUCAUGGAAAACAAUCAUCACCCUAAAGAAAAGAUUUAUGUAGCCAUUGGGACUGACCUGUCUGAAGGUUUUGCCACCUUAAAAUGGACAUUAAAGAGGUGGGCUUCUGCUUCUGUUAAGAUUGUCAUUCUCUAUGCUGACAACACCAUAUCCAAAGAAUACGUUUACACUCCAAUUGGAAAGAUUCCUGCAAGCUCUGUACGUGAAGAGAAAUUGAAAGUUCUUGACAAGUCAGAGGAAGCAAAGACUGAUAAGAUUCUCUCCAAAUUGGUAGCUUUCUGUGGCAAGGUCAAAGCUGAAGGCCUCAGGAUUGGCAGAUAUGAAGAUUCAAAUCAUAAAGUCAUUUUGAGAUUGAUAACAAUUCUCCACAUAACCAAAUUAGUCAUCGCUUUUUCUUUCUUGAGACCCCCAUCAUGGAAAUGGAGGAAUGCUGCUAAUGCAUCAUUUUCGCUCUACCACGAAAAACCCGAUUUCUGUGAAUUGUUUGUGAUUUAUGAAGGAAAAUUGGUUUUCCUAAGAGAAGGAAACAACGAGGCAUUACUCAUAGAGGAUGAUCAAGGUAUGACAGUCUCAAAGCUGACAGAAAGGCCUAGUUUCAGAGGUUGGAUUGUGGGGAAAUUGUUCCCAGAAAAUGCCCGUGAAAAAAAUCCUUGUGAGUCAGCUUCACCAGCAAUUAGUACUGCUGCUUCCCUUGAUCAGUGGGAAAAGCACAGUGAAGAGCUGGAUAAAUAUUUCAAUGAGUUAUCAUCCACUUCAACUGCAAAUGAAGGAGAGAUUGAAGCAGCAAAUGAUACCAUGAUCAGGUCACAGUCAGAGCUAAAAAUGGCUGAGAAAAUGGGAGCGGAGGAAAGACUUGACGUUUUGAAAAUGAGGAUUCGUGAUACUAAGGAGAAAAUUCAAAUGAAUAGAGAAGAAGUCAAGGCCAAUAUAAAAAGAUAUGCAAAAGCUACAUGGGCUAUUGGUUUGUGUACUAGCCGGGUUAAUGAACUUGAAGCUCAAACUCAUGAAGAGACUUCAAAGAGGAUGGAAUUGCAAAAAGAUUUAGACAGAACGAAAGAAGAGCUGUCUGAAAUUCACAUUGAAGUUGAGGAAAAGAGGAGCAAGCUAGACUCCAUCCUCCAACUCCAACGCGAGCUUUCAAACAAGCUCCAGUUAUCAAAUUCAGCUAAAACCCGAGUCGAGAGCCAACUAGAGAAAGCCGUUAGAGAGAGAUCCGAAAUGGUCCAGGAAAUAGAAGAACUGAGACGACAAAGAGAUGUUUACCAGCGUAGAAUUGAGUUUUGCAGGGAAAAAGAUGCCAUUGGGAUGGCUAAGAAGUUGAGUAGUAGUAGUAGUAGUAGUAGUAGUAAUGGGUUGGGAUUUGAUUAUUCUAGGGAGUUCAGUGCUGCAGAAAUUAGAGCGGCUACCGAUGAUUUUGCACAACGGCUGAGGUUCAAGUCAGGCGGAGAUUGGACAAAUGUGUAUAAAGGCAGGAUUAGCAAAACCACAGUUGCAAUCAAGCUGUUUGAAUCAGUUGAUGAUGAUUUCUGUCAAGAAGCUUUCUUGGAAAAGGUGAGGCUGAUGGGAAGCAUUAGGCAUCCUCAUGUAUUAAGCAUGAUGGGAUUCUGCACAGAGCUAAAAUGUAUUGUCUUCGAAUACAUGCACAAUGGCUGCUUAAGGGACAGUUUAUUUUCUCGCCAAAGAACCACCAGUAAAGGAACAAACCGCGGCCUCAAGUGGCACGACAGAGUCCGCAUUGCAGCUGAAGUUUGCACUGCCCUGAGCUUCCUCCACAAGGCUACGCCAGCGCCCUUCACUCAUGGCAACCUCAAUCCUUCACGAAUCCUUCUCGACAAAAACAAAGUCGCGAAACUAUAUGGCUUCCAGUCUUAUGAAAAUGCAACAAUAAUGUCAGAUGUUCGCGCUUUUGGGACAUUGAUCCUACAACUUCUCACUGGAAGGAAUUGGGCCGAAAUAGGUGAAGACGCGAUACUCAUGAUGGAUAGCAGUACAUUGAGUGAGAACUUGGAUAAAAAGGGCGGACAAUGGCCAUUGGAUGUGGCUGUUGAACUUGCUGGAAUUGCAAGGUGUUGUUUGUCAUCAUCGGAUGAAAUCGAACACAGUGAAGUUAGCAGCAGAUCUGUGAUGAGAUGGGUUAAUAAAGUGAGGAAAAAAGCAGACGAUCUCAGAGCUGAUGGAGAAAGUCUUGUGGAAGAAGGAGAAACAAAUAUAGAAGAAGAACACAACGUUCCUAGUGUUUUCUUUUGCCCCAUAUAUCAGGUGAGUUCAUCCAUUUCUUCAUUUGAGUACGUACUUGUGCAAUGAAACAAAAACGUUUCUCAUUUCCGACAAUUUUGAAAAGCUUUUUGCAUUUUGGGAUUUCUUUCCCGUACCUUUCCACUC